AUGGCGGCCACCUCCAGCUCGCGCUCUCCGAACUCCUCCGCUACACUCAUGCGGGACGUUCGUGACGCGGCCGAUCGGGCGCUCGUCGUCGGCGUGCGCGGCCGCUCACGGUGGAGCAGCGCCAUCCUCCCCGCCUCCUGCACCACGGUGCUCAUCGGCGAGAGCCGCGCGCGUGCCGGCGCUGGCGAGGAAAACGAGCUGGGGCGGCUGGUGCCCGGGUACCUUCCUGAUGCUGAAGCGUCGGACUGCGUCACCGCGCUCCAGAGUCCAGAUGCAGGUGCACGCCAUGCUCGUGCUCGAGCAGGCCCUCUCCUCCGUCUCACCUCCUUGUCGCCGUUGUGA